AAAAUUUAUAAUACAGAAAAUGGAUUUUGCUUUUAAACAUUGUACCAUUACAAAUGAAAUAAAAACUUUAAAGACACUUUAUCCACAUGAUUUGCAAGUAUAUGAUGUUUCACCUAAAGGUGAAAUAUCUUUAAUUGAAUUUCAAGAGUUAGCUCUUGAUAGAUUAAAAGUUCUUCGUAUGAUUGAAAAUAUUUCUCUACGAACUGAUCUUAAGACAAUAGAAGUACGUAGGGAUAGUUUAAGAGAUAGUUUGAAAAAGGAUGGUCUUAAAUAUUAUGCAAAUCUAAUUUGUGGAACUGGUUGUAAGUCUGAUGCAGAAUUCGAUCUUCAAGCCAGAAAAAAGGAUAAUAUAUCGCAUCAUAUUCUGAGACUAGCGUAUUGCAAAGACAAAGAUCAAGCAAAAUGGUUCAUGAAUCAAGAGGUAGAAUUAUUCAAAAUGAGAUUUUCAUCUUUGGAUAAAGAAGGCGUUGAUCAGUUUUUAACUAUACAUAAGCUCAACUGCAAACACAUAUCCUAUGAAGAAAAAGAAAAAAUUCGAGAAGAGCUUCAAAUGUCUACCUUCAAAAUUACAAAUAUAGAUACAGUAGAUUUUUAUAAAAUACCAUUUCAGAAAGUAAUUGAUCUUGUUAGAACGCGUAAAGUAUAUCUUGAAGAUGGAAUGGCAUAUGUACCACGAAAUGAUCUAAUUUCAUUGUGUAUUUCAUACUUUAGGCAAAAAUUAAUCAUAGGAAUAGAAGCUGCAAAAAUAGAUCUUUUAAAUGCCUCUGACGAUGAAAGAUUGAUAAGUUUUAUUAAUGCCGUACCUAGCACAUUCUCUGGAAUGACUCGAGUAGUUUGGUCAACCACAAAUACUCCAAUUGAAAAACUAGAGCUAUUAUCAAUAACAUCUUAUCCAUUAUGUAUGAGAUCUCUUCACGAAGCAUUACAUGUUAAUCACCACUUAAAAAAUUCUGGACGUAUUCAAUAUGGUCUAUUUCUUAAAGGAAUAGGUGUUUCUUUAGAAGAUGCACUACAAUUUUGGAGGGAAGCAUUUUCCCAAAAAAUAGAUUCAGAUAAAUUUGAAAAGCAAUAUGCGUACAGUAUCAGGCACAUAUAUGGUAAAGAGGGAAAACAAACAAAUUAUACACCGCUUGGUUGUAAUAAAAUUAUAAGUAAUUCUAUUGGUCCUGGAGAAUAUCAUGGUUGCCCAUUUAGACAUAUGGAUCAGAAUUCGUUAAAGCAAAAAUUAUCUACUCAUGGAAUCCUUGAUUCAGAUAUAAAAGAUAUAGCCGAAUUAGCAAAAGAGGGACAUUAUUCGUUGGCGUGUACAAGACAUUUUCAAUCAUUACAUAAGCAAUUACCAGAACAACCGAUUGCCCACCCAAAUGGAUACUUUGCAGAAAGUCGUAAAAUAGCAAAUAAAGCUAACGAUACUACAGUCGAUAGUACGGAUAGUUCAAUGCAGUUAACAAAUAUAAGAUCAGAAAGGUUGACAGGUACUCCACGAAGAAGUGAGGCAGGUAGUUUUACACCUUCUAGAGUUAGCGAGCAAUUUUCUACACCAUCUAGGAGAAUAGAAAAGAUACAGACAACUCCUUCAAGCAGCAUUAAAAAAAUGAAUCCAUUAAAUAUUGAAAAGUUGUUAAAUGAUGAUGAAAUUUCAGAAUUAAUGGAUAUAGACUUAGUGGAUUAAGUUCAUUGAGAUUAUAUAUGAUUAUUUGUGUCAAGUCUUUUAUAUGUCAUUUGCGUUCAAUAAAGAAAUAAUUAUUUUG